AUGGGAGAAAUUAUUUAAUUGAAUUUUGGGGAUAUUGGAAAUAAUGUUGGACACUAAUAUUUAGAGAAGUUGAUAGAUGAUCAUUAUCUAGAUGAUAAAAACAACUCGACGAAGGAUUAAUACAGACAAAAAGUUCAUGUAUCAUUUGAGGAGUUAAGGAAGAAAUAAUACUAAUUUAGAGGAAUAUUUGAUAAUUCAAGCGAUUGUAAAAUAACAAAUUAUAUUAUAGAAUCCAUCAAUAAACUAUUAACAUCUCCUGGAUGUGAAUACAUCAAUAAUGACUUAUUAUUGUAGAAUAAAAAUAGAAAUAAAUCAGGUACCUUUUCAAAUAGCUAAAUAAACUUAGAGAUUAAGUACAAGACGAACUGUUUGAAAAAUUGAGUCAUCAAAUUGAGAGAUGUGAUAACGUUUUUGGAUGUCAUUUUGUGCAUUCUACUUUUGAUUAUUCAUCAGGUUCAUCAUCAUAAGCAUUAAGUUAAUAUAGGGAAAGAUAUUCAUCUAAAUUUUGCAGUUCAUUUUCGAUGCUUCCAAACGUUGUAAGUACUAAUACAAUCGAGAUUUAUAAUACUACGUUUUCAUUAUAUAGAUUAAUUGAAGAUUGCGAUGUAGUUAUGAUAUUUGAUUAAGAAGCUUUGGAAAAUUAAUUGAUAAAACUAAGAUAAUCCUGUACUUUUGAAAAUAAUAAUAAUUUUAUAGCGGAAUGCUUAUUAUAAUUGAAUUGCUCUUAACGUUUUCCUGGUUAUUAGAAUGGGAACAUAAGAAAAUUGUCUACUAAUCUAAUUCCUUUUCCUCGUUUGCACUUUUUGACAUGCACCUUUACUCCUAUUGAUAUUAGCUCAGAUUUGAAUUACUAAUUAACAAAUUUAAGCCUACCUAAUAACUCUUAUUUCUCUUUUAAAAAUUCUACUAGAAAUUUAUACUUUGCUCAAGCAUUGAUUACAAGAUGCAAUUCAAAUAAUAUAGAUUUUUAAUAAGCUUCGUCAACAUUCUCAAAUAAGAUAGAAUGGAUAGCAGAUGCUGUAUUUCAUAUAAAUUGUAAGAUUGAAAAUAGAAAUCUAGGAAAAACAGUUAUGCAUGUUGGGAAUCAUAGAGAUUUAGGACAUAGCUUCAAAACACAUGGCGAGAUAUUUACUGCAAAUUUGAGAAGAAAAGCUUUCUUACAUUAUUAUUUAUAAGAUGGUAUGGAUGAAAUGGAAUUCACAGAGGCUGAGUCAAAUCUGAAUGAUUUUAUCUCUGAGUAUUUUGAAUGUUGUUGUGGUAUAUCAGAAUACGAUGAAGAGGAGUAAGAUUAUUGA